AUGAGCGCCGCGAUCCGAUCGCGGCACUCGGCGGAGGAGGCCUCACGCUUCCAAGUAUGGUAAGAGCCAUGCUUGGUAGUGAGAGAGUCUGGAGGGCUGCCGCCUCCUUCUGCGAAUCUGUGAUGGCGCAGAAGGAGGCAGCGGAGAGGGAGCGGGAGGAGGACGCUCUAGCCGCCCCUCUCCGGCGUAGACGGGUGGGCCGAAGAAGGCAGGCAGCGGUGACUGCCGUGCCGCCUCUCAUCGCCACAUCAACAGAACGAUCAGGCAUGAGCUUUCAUACAAUAGCACUGAGCUUAAUGCUCUUGGUGCUAGCAAAGGCCGAUUUUCCAUUAGAUUUUAUCAACGAGUUUGAGGACGCACCUUCGGAGUUCACUGGUAUCCGAAGCGAUGAACGCAUAUACAGAUUACCGGAAAACGUCAUACCUUUGGACUACGAUAUUUAUUUAGACAUGUACUUUAGUGAAAGGACAGAUAAUCCGUUUACCUAUGACGGAAGAGAAUAUAUUAUUAUUCAGGCUGUAGAAGAAAAUGUUACGCAGAUAGUUUUACACGCUAAUGUGGACAGCAUUAAUGACGUAACACUGCAAACGCAAACAGGCGACCAGGUUGCAAUAAGCCGUUUCUAUACAGAAGCACAGUAUCAUUUCUUGAAGAUUGACUUAGAAACGAGCUUGAUACAAAAUAACAAUUACAGCCUGUACAUAAAUUACUCGAGCACUAUGAACGAUGGGCCGAUGAAAAGAGGAAUAUGGAGAGGGUGGUAUGUGGAUGACGAUGGCGUUGAAAGGGUUUACGCUACAACUCAUUUCCAACCAUAUAAUGCACGACAAGCAUUUCCUUGUUGGGAUGAACCACUAUUUAAAGCUACUUUCACAUUACAUCUUACAAGACCUUAUAGUUAUUCCAGCACUUUUUCUAACACCGCCAUCAAAUCUUCGGAUCUUCUUGAAGGGGGUCGAUUUAUGGACACAUUCCAACCGAGUCCAGUGAUGUCUUCUUACCUAGUUACCUUCUUGGUGAGCGAAACGUUCCAAAUCAUCGCUCAAGACAGGAGCUUAAAUCCAGCAAUCAGGAUCAUAGGCAGAUCAAACACCGCCGGACUAGGGGGUCCAGCGUUAAAUAUGGCCGUCCAGAUGACGAAGCAUUUUGACGAAUAUUUUGGAAUACCGUACUCGAGCUUACAUCCGUAUCUUUUGAAUGAUCAUAUCGCGUCCCCAGAUUGGGCUUCUGCUGGAACAGAAAAUUGGGGGAUGGUUAGCUAUAGGGAGUUGCAUUUGAUCUUGGACAGUCAAGUGACGAUUAUGUCGGUGGAACAUUACGCCGCUACCCUGGUGUCCCAUGAACUGGCACAUAAGUGGUUUGGUAACCUAAUCACCUGCUUUUGGUGGAGCAAUACCUGGAUUAACGAAGGAUACGCAAGUUACUUCGGCUAUAUGGCCACUCAUCAGGUGUUUCCACAAUAUGAACUACACGAGCACUUCAAUUCCCGAUACCUACAGACCUCGCUGGCAUUCGACUCGGGUACUGGCACUGUUCCCUUGAAUCAUGACGUCAACACACCCGCUCAGGUCACCGGACAUUUCGGCACCAUCAGUUAUUCUAAAGCUGCAGCAUUUCUAAGAAUGACCGCAAACAUGAUCUCACAGGAAUCCUUCAAGAAAUCAUGUCAAUACUUCUUGAAAAACAACUUAUAUCAAGCAACAGACCAAUAUGACUUGUUUCAAGCCUUCGAUGAAGCUGUAAGAGAAGAUGGAACUUUACAGGAGUACCUCCACUUCAAUUUUACUGAAUAUUAUGACAUUUGGGUGAAUCAACCUGGUUAUCCCACUCUGAUUGUGUAUGUGGACCACGCUACUGGUGAAAUGGCACUUCGACAAGAACGGUUUUUCUUAAGCUCAUCCGCGGAAACGACCGGACAAACUUACCCAAUUCCUUUGACGUACUCCACAAAACGGAACAGAAACUUUGACGAGCUCAAGCCAUCAGACAUGAUGAGCUCCGAAAGAAUGGUAUUACUGAAACCUACCGGCGAGGAGUGGGUGAUUUUCAAUCAUCAACAACACGGACAUUACAGAGUGACUUACGACGACCGGACAUGGAGUUUGAACACUGAAGCUUUGGAGAACGAGCGAGACUCAAUACACCAUUUGAAUAGAGCGCAAGUUGUUGACGAUGUGUUCGCUCUCAUGAGAUCGGAGAGAAUGACUCACGAAAAAGGUUUUAGCAUACUCCGGUUUCUUCGGAAAGAAGACAACUACCACGUUUGGAAUCCGGCUAUAUCCGGUUUCACGUGGCUCAGGAACAGGCUGAGGCAUUUGCCAGAGAGACAAGCCGAGUUCGACUCCAUCAUUCUAAGCUACAUGGAGCACGUGAUCAAUAAGGUUGGUUAUGAGCCCGAAUCAGAAGAAACCCCCACUGUGAGCAUGCUGCGUCAGGAGGUGUUGCAGUUUGCCUGCAACCUUGGACACGAGGAGUGUGUACAGGAAUCGGUGCGAAGAUUUCUGGAUAUGAAGGAAAACAAUGCUGUUGUGGAUCGACGCAUUCGACGAAGUGUGUACAUGAAUGGAGUCAGAGAAGGAGGUGUAGAAGAUUUUGAAUUUAUUCUUGAUCGAUUCAGUAAAUCAAACAUUGCUAAUGACCGUUUGGAAAUGUUGAGGGCUCUGGGUACAGCUAAAGAUCCGCAACUGCUGACAAGGUAUCUGCAACUGACCCUCACCCGAGAUGUAAGGUCACACGACAAAGUGAAUUCUUUCAACUUUGCUCUUCUUGGACAUCAAGAUAACGCUAACACUGUUUUAGAAUUUGUUAAAAACCAUAUUGACGAUAUAAGAAUAGAAUACGUUGAAGAUGCACCACCCACUCCUGUGCACACUGCAUUGUCAAAUCUUGCCUCAUAUUUGGACGAAUCGGGUUUGAAUGAUUAUGAAGCGUGGCUUCGCAGUACUCAGUCAGGGAGUGCCCAGUUUAACAGAGUCCUGACUUCUAUUGCAUCAGCACGAAGCAGUAUCGCUUGGGGCACUGCCAACGCUGAUUCCAUACUGUCUGCUGCAAGGGGCGGAGCAACUUCCAUGGCAGUCUCUGUGGCUUUGCUUGUUAUUUCUAUUGUUCUAUUUACCGCUGUGUAA